UUUAGUUUCGAUCCAAGACCGACUACAAGACAUACAGUUUGGAGUGUUGUCCUUGGAGGAAGUUUUUAUUGGGCGUCUAUGUUCUGCACGAAUCAGGCAUCUGUACAGAAAUACAUGUCUGUGGGUUCUCUUCGACAAGCUAAACAAGCCCUCUGCAUAGCAUGUGUAGGCCUAAUCCUGGUGUUCUCAAUUAAUUUCUAUACUGGUUUAGUAAUGCAUUCGCAUUACGAUACAUGUGAUCCUCUAAUCACAGGAGCAGUGACUGCCAGUGACCAAUUGCUACCUCUUUAUGUGAUGCAGGUGUUGGGCAGUAUGCGUGGUGUUGCCGGUUUAUUCGUAGCAGGUAUAUUUGCUGCUUCUUUGGGCACAGUAGCUGCUGCUUUGAAUUCCCUAUCAGCAGUCACCUGUGAAGAUUUGUUGAGUGCUGGGUUAGGCAUCAGAAUGGCUCCCAGUAAAGGCGCUUUUUGGGCCAAGUGGUUGUCUUUGGCGUACGGGAUCAUAUCUUUUGCUCUGGUGUUUGUGGUUGAACGAAUGGGAGGAGUACUACAGGUUGCUUUGAGUUUCAACGGCAUGGCAGGUGGUGUAACACUUGGUCUAUUCACCUUAGGAAUGUGUGUACCUAGGGCAGUCUCUCGAGGAGCCCUUUGGGGAGCCGCUUGUGCCCUAGGGCUUGUCCUGUGGUUAGGUUUAGGUGCACAAAUUGCUGGUGAGCCUACGCCGUUUUUACCAGGAGACAUACAUGGGUGCGAAUGCUUGAAUGCUACUGUUGUCGUAAUCGAGCACAUCACAAAGAGUGAUGCCAAAAGUUCUUCAUCAAUCUACAACGUGUCGUACUUGUGGUACAGCGCCUUAGGAUGCAUGACGACUGUCAUUGUUGGAGUUAUCGUAUCAGAAAUCUCAAGGUUGAUCGGCCUGGAAACAGACGUAGAACCAACCCACACCGACCUGCUGAGUCCACCAGCAAGAUGGUUCACAUCAUCUCCAGAUGCCAAAGUUAAUGGUACGGAACUCAAUUCAGCAAGUGGUGUCAAAAUCGACAGUGCCACCGGUAAAAGAUCGAAUUAUGGCGGUGAGACCAAUUUGGCACUCAGUUUGGACGAGAAUCCAGAAGUCGCGAGGCAUAUAUAGAAGUAAUAAAGUGAGUGGUAUAGUUUUUAUAAUGGACAAAAAUAAAAUAUGAACCAGUUAAACAAAGACUCUCAAGCCAAA